CAGCAAAAGCACUUGUGAGCUUGAAAGAGGGAAGUUUAUCCAGUUCGUGGAAUGAAAAGUAUAAUUCUCUACAGAAAACACCCACUUGGAAAAGCAAGAAUGCUGGUUCUGCAGUGGAAAUGCCCUUCAGAAAUUCAAAACGGAGUCGACUCUUCUGUGAAGAAGAUGACAGACAAAUAAACACAAGGUCACCCAAAAGAAAUCAGAAGGUUGCGAUGGUUCCACAGAAGUUUAAUACAACAAUGCCAACACCAGACAAGAAAGCAUCACAGAAGAUUGGUUUACGGCUUCGUAACCUGCUCAAACUUCCGAAAGCUCACAAGUGGUGCAUAUACGAAUGGUUCUAUUCAAAUAUAGAUAAACCACUGUUUGAAGGAGAUAAUGACUUCUGUGUAUGCCUGAAAGAAUCUUUUCCAAAUUUGAAAACCAGAAAAUUGACAAGAGUAGAGUGGGGGAAAAUCAGACGAUUAAUGGGAAAACCACGGAG